AUGGUUGCUAUCCUGGGCUUCGACCCGCGUGGCGGGCGGGUUUUUUCUCAGGCACCACCUGCACAGCCCGCGAGGCUUCCACUGGGCGCUGCCUUCAGAAGUGGGCUGCAUCCCAGACCUUCAGGCUGGCUGUGCGAGCUGAGCUGCUCGGCUUGUCGGCUGUCCCGCAUUUGUAUCCUGUUGCACGCCUCGCCAAGUAGGGAUCGACUCCGAGACUUUAGGCUUCAGUUUGUUUUUAAGAUGAUUUACCUGAACAUGCAGUGGGAAAUUCAGAGUUAUUCUAUUCAGUGCGGACCCAGGGACAGGGACAAUCAAAGUGGGCUGGAGUUUCCGGGGGCCGAGGGGCAGUGGACCCGCUUCCCCAAGUGGAAUGCCUGCUGCGAGAGUGAGAUGAGCUUCAACAUGAAGACGCGCAGCUCCAGUGGGCUGGUGCUCUACUUUGAUGACGAGGGUUUCUGUGACUUCCUGGAGCUCAUCCUCACCCAGGGUGGGCGGCUACAGCUCAGUUUCUCUAUCUUCUGCGCCGAGCCCGCCACCUUGCUCUCUGACAUGGCGGUCAACGACAACCUUUGGCAUGCCGUGGUCAUCCGCCGCCACUUCAAGAACACCACUCUGAUCAUUGACCGGGCUGAGGCAAAGUGGGUGGAGGUGAAGUCCAAGCGGCGGGACAUGACUGUGUUCAGUGGCCUCUUCUUGGGGGGGCUCCCACCGGAGCUGCGGUCAGCAACACUAAAGCUGACACUCUCCUCUGUCAAGGACCGGGAGCCCUUCAAGGGCUGGAUAACAGAUGUUCGGGUCAACUACACACAGACGUCGCCGGUGGAGAGCCAGGAGGUGCGGCUGGACGAUGAGCAGAGCCGCCUGUGUGCUCGGGAGGAUGUUUGCCUCAACGGAGGUGUCUGCUCGGUGCUCAAUGACCAGGCCGUUUGCGACUGCUCCCAAACAGGCUUUCGGGGGAAGGACUGCAGUGAAGGUAAGGCACCAUCUUAGCUUGCCUCACCACCC